AUGGCCAGCAACUCCUCCUCCGCCACGCCCGUGGAGGACACAAUUCGAACAAAGAUCACGGAGGCAUUGAAUCCGACCAGCCUGACGAUCCGGAACGACUCGCACCUCCAUUCCCACCACAAGGCCAUGGAAGGCUCGACGUCGAAGGAGACGCAUUUCUUUCUCGACAUCACAUCCCCGUCAUUCCAGUCCAAACCCCAGCCGGCCCGGCACCGGAUGGUCUACGCGCUGCUGAAGGACGAGCUCGACCGGCCCGGCGGCAUCCACGCGUUGCAGCUCCGCACCAAGACGCCCGAGGAGGUGGAGAGGGGCCAGCUCGCGGCGAGGCGGAAGGAUGCGGCGGUGGCGUGA